UACUAUUAUGUUGUUCCCGGUAAAAUAGAAUUUGGUUUAACUUUGAUGUGUUAAUCUAUUUGUUAUUGCCUCUAAAAAAGUGAAAUUGUCAGAAAGUGGUAAUCGGAUAUAAAAAGAGAGGAUGUAAUUUAUCGUGAGUGUGCACUGUAUAAUGUAGGAGAAGCUAUUACAAAAAACUGUUGGCACCUAGAGAACAUGUAACAUAAAAAAUUCUUUAGUAACAAUGUUGGCAUGCAGUCCUGGGCAGCAUUAUUUUACACAGCUGUUACCAUAAUCAUUUUUAGGAAAAAAAAUCCUUCACAUUCUUACUCAUUGAAGAGGAUUUAUUUACAGGGUGUUUAAACAGAUUGAGAAAGGUUCUAAAAGCCAGAAUGAGGAGAAAUAAAUCAAGUAGCAUAAGUACAAAAUAAUGUACGAUCUUUGCACAGAAGCAAUCAGCCGAUAUAUCAGGAAUAUAAACUAGGAAGACGUUGUGAAUGCGCGGUGCGCUUGACUUUGUGGCGGUUAGUUACUUGUUAAAUCUUUUACAGACUUAAUGAAAGAUGUCGUACCUGCUGAGUAAUUAAAUGAAUUUACUAAGGCUGAAAAUUGUUAUAGAAAUAGAAUAUUAAUUAAAGUUAUGAUGGUCAGUCAAUUAGGGAAAAAUAUACCUAAUUCAAUAUAAAAACAUAAGCAUUUCCACUCUCUCCAUCCUUGUCAGUCGCGUGGGGUUGCGCGUUUAAAAGUCAAGAUAUGGCUUGAUCGACCGCUUUGGAGUUUUCCAAUUUCUUCACUUGCGCCGUUUUUGUCACCUUUCUGUCUGAUGAUGAUUUGAAGUCGCCUACAAACAAAAGGCACAAUUGAUUUUUGGUAAGUACAUAUAGCUUGACACUGUCAAAAUUGAAGAAUGUCCCAAACCAAAGAAACCCUAUCGGGCAACAAUGACAAAAUUAUUAAGUGUAUCGCCGACCUUAAAAAUCAACGGAAGGAGCUCGAGUUUUUAAUCGGAAAGCAGCAAGAAGAGCAGACCAUGUUGCAGACCGACAUGGAACGAAUUACUCUCAAAUUGGGCAUAAUAGGCAAAAGUCACGCGCGGCGCAUUGCUACCAAAGACAAUUACGAUAACGCUAUCAAAAAUGCGGAAGAAAGUUACCAGGAAAUCGUAACGUUAUCCGGACGACUAUUACAAAGCAUACGGAAGAAUAUGUUGGAGUUGGAAGAAGCGAUGGAUAAGAAAACCGGUACUGACACAAACGUGAAAUUUCCAAACAGUAACAGUCCAAGCCAAAACUCUGACAAGGAAUUACUGCAUGCGAUUGAAUCUAGUCUGAUUUCGCUGUAAUCUUGAAAUAAAACCACGAUACACUUA